GGAAGUGUUUGGCUUCGGGCUGGUUGCGCGGUAUUCUUGGGGUUUUUGCGUCGUUUUCUAUUUGGUUUAUUUCUUAGUUCGGAACAGAUCGAUAACGGGGUUUGGAGCGAUGAACAACCGUCAUCAGCACCUGUCCCAAGCGGACGUGAUGGACCUCCUGCGGCAGGAGCUCCGAGACGACGAGGAUUUCCACGAGAAGGAGACACAUUUUUUCGUUGUCCUGGGCGCCUCGGGAGAUCUGGCCAAGAAGAAAAUCUAUCCGACACUCUGGUGGCUGUUCAGGGAUGGGCUGCUGCCGAGCGACACGUACGUGAUCGGGUACGCGCGCUCCGCCAUCACCAUGAAGGACAUCCGUGAGCGCUGCCUGCCCUUCCUGAAGGUGCGAACGGGCGAGGAGGAAGCCCUGGAGAAGUUCUUCACCCGCAACAUCUACGUGUCGGGCCAGUACGACGUGCGGCAGCCGUUCGAGAAGCUCGCCGCCCAGCUGGACACGCUCGCCCACGGCCGCCUCUCUAACCGCCUCUUCUACCUCGCGCUGCCGCCCAGCGUCUUCGAGUCCGUCACAUCCAACGUGCGCUCCACCUGCAUGAGCACCACCGGCUGGAACCGGGUGAUCGUGGAGAAGCCGUUUGGCCGCGACCUGCAGAGCUCGGACAAGCUGUCGCAACACCUGGCGCAGCUGUUCUCCGAGGAGCAGAUCUACCGCAUCGACCACUACCUGGGCAAGGAGAUGGUGCAGAACCUCAUGGUGCUCAGGUUUGGGAACCGGAUCUUCGGUCCUAUUUGGAACCGGGACAACAUCGCGUCGGUGGUGAUCACCUUCAAGGAGCCGUUCGGCACAGAGGGGCGUGGCGGAUACUUCGACGAGUUCGGCAUCAUCAGGGACGUGAUGCAGAACCACCUGCUGCAAAUGCUGUGCCUGGUGGCCAUGGAGAAACCGACGUCCACGAGCUCGGACGACGUUCGCAACGAGAAGGUGAAGGUGCUCAAGUGCGUGCCGGAGAUCUUGCUGGAGGACGUGGUGCUGGGUCAGUACGUGGCUCGGCCUGGCAGCACGGGUCCCGGCGAGGAGGGCGGCUACUUGGACGACCCCACGGUGCCCGCGGGCUCCGUCACCCCCACCUUCGCCUCCGUGGUGCUCUACGUGCAGAACGAGCGGUGGGACGGCGUUCCGUUCGUGCUGCGCUGCGGCAAGGCUCUGAACGAGCGCAAGGCCGAGAUGCGGCUGCAGUUCCGCGACGCGCCAGGCGACAUCUUCCAGCGACAGUGCAAGCGCAACGAGCUGGUGAUCCGCGUGCAGCCCAACGAAGCAGUCUACAUGAAGAUGAUGACCAAGAAGCCCGGCAUGCACUUCGCUCCCGACGAGUCGGAGCUUGACCUCACUUACAGCAGCCGCUACCGCGACGUGAAACUGCCCGAUGCUUACGAGCGCCUCAUCCUAGACGUGUUCUGCGGGAGUCAGAUCCACUUUGUGCGCAGCGACGAGCUGAAAGAAGCGUGGAGGAUAUUCACUCCUCUGCUGGACAAGAUUGAGAAGGAGAAGAUCAAACCCAUUCCUUAUGACUACGGCAGCCGUGGACCCAAGGAGGCGGACGAGCUGCUCAGCAGAGUGGGGUUUCGCUACGAGGGAACCUACAAGUGGGUGGCUAGUUGAGCACAGUCGCAGCCGUGGAACUGUUCCUGCUGUCACCACCUCCCCCCUUCGCGUCGCGUCUCCAUCCGCCCCGACAACGACCCCGUUGCCAGCCACGACUGGAUCGGCGAAGCCCACGGCCACAAGCCCCCCCCCUCCCCACACGCGCACUUCAUGACUCCCACUUCACGGCUCCCAUUGAAGUCGACUUGAAGAAGCGGAGAGCUUCUCGACCGUCUUGGUGUGGCGCUGCCUGCCCCCCUCCCCCCCUAGUCAGAAUCAGAAUAUGUAUUUAUACUGGAGGAAUUCGAGCUAUAAAGAUAUUUUUCACAUAUGUCCAGUUGGGGCGUGUAAGAAUGUUACAACGACAAUACAAAAAAAACGAUAGGGGUGUAAAGUAUAGGAAAGGGAAACAAAUAAAUUCAGAAAUAUCUACAAAUGAAACUUAACAAAAAAAUGUAUCUGACCAAGUCAAGCCCACUGAGCUGUUAACUUCUUUUUCAGAAGCGACCUGGCCACAAAUGAUAGCUCAACAAAGUGGCUUUUAUCGUUGGGAAAUUUAUAGCAGCAAAAUUGUAAAGCAGUCAAGAUCGCUGUUCAUCCCUGUCCCUCCCUCUCCGCUGGCCCACCCCUCCAACAGACCUCCGGUGACCCCAAGGCCACCACAGGCGCAGGACACACGAGUGGUCGCGUGUCCGCGCAUCGAGUCGACACGGUGUUCAAAGUCAGGCGAUUGUUUCACGUGGCGAAUUACUGGAGUGCGACUUGUCACCACGGGGUGGCGCUGAUGCACGAGAUUCACACCGUGUGGGUGCCGUGCAGGAAAAGUUUGUGCUGCACGGUAUCCAUGCCGCAGCCUCGGCAUUCUCCCGAAAAGGUUUUUGUGUUUCCCUGGAUGGAAGGGUAGAGGUGGGGGUCAGCCAUGAGUUAAGAACUACUUACUUGAAGAAAGAUGGAACCCAAACAGAUGGGGAGUUAUAUGAUUUCAUUAUUUCAUUCUCAAAACUUUAAUAUCCAGGCGAUGCAGAAGUUGCAAUCUGCAAGCACCGAGCUCCGAUUGGACAAGAGGAGCCCAAGCAUCGUGUUCUGAUUGGACAGGAGGGGCCCAAGCACCGGGCUUUAAUUGGACGGGGGGGGGGGGCCGAAUCACCGCGCUAUGGUUGGACAGGGGAGGGGGGGGGGCAAUUACCGUGCUAUGAUUGGACAGGAGGAACCCAAUCACCGGGCUGUAAUUGGACAGGAGGGGCCCAAGGACUGGGCUAUGAUUGGACAGGAGGGACCCCACUUCAUUGCUUGCACCCCACGGCUGUUACUCCCUGCCGGCGAUCCUUCUGCAACGGUUGUGUGCCCCCGAAAGAGGACACUUAGCCUGGCACUGCCACUUUCGUGAUUGAAUGUUGGUUUGUUUUCUGUAAGUUGCUGGUGUUCAUUCACUAUGAUGACAAUGCUGUUCAACCCAAGGCCUAAUGGCUUGGCUUGUUUUCUCAUCCAUUUUCUUUUCAUUCUAUAAUUAUUCACGGGACCGAUUUUCGUGGUAAAAAUGGGACCAAACGUUUUUGUUAUUGUUCACGUGUGACAUUUCUAUUAAAUCAGUUUUGUUUGAAUGUGCAGAAAAUGUUGAUUAUCAAAACCCAUGACAUCUGUAAUAAACAACUACAUUCCAUCA